GUUACUAUUUUGUUAUUCUAAGAUUUGAAAACAUUUGUCACACUCUUUAGCCACAUGAAAAGAAUAACAUGGAAUGAAAUUAGGAGCACGAGACUAGUGAGCAGAAUAUGUAUGCAAGUGAAUCUACGUUGAGCACGCAACAAGCGCCCAAAAGGAGCGUAGCUUUUUUAACGCGCACGCACACACUCUUCUCUCUCUCACACCCCACCUUUCGCUAUAUAAAGUCUCCCAAACACAACGCCAUUGUCUCCAUCUUUGAAGCCUACAUAUACAGCACUACUCUCUGAUCAGUUUUUUCUUGGUCUCCGAAUCACAAACUCUUCGAAAAAACUAACAUUAAUGGCUCCGAGGGAUAUCAAUAGAUCUAACGUUGUUGUUGCCGGAGGAUCCAACCCGACCCGUAAAGAGAUCCGAUACCGCGGCGUGAGGAAGCGGCCGUGGGGCCGCUACGCCGCCGAGAUCCGCGAUCCCGGCAAGAAGACGCGCGUCUGGCUAGGAACGUUCGACACCGCGGAGGAGGCGGCGCGUGCGUACGAUGCGGCGGCGCGUGAGUUCCGCGGCGCAAAGGCUAAGACCAAUUUCCCCACCCACGCGGAGCUGACGCACGCGGCGGCGCGUAGCCCCAGCCAGAGCAGCACGUUGGAUUCGUCCUCUCCCCCGACGCCGCCGUUGGACCUCACUCUUGCCGCCCCACUCGCCGCCGGUGGCGCGUUGGUGUUCCCAGUGGCGCGGCCCGUGGUCUUCUUCGACGCGUUCGAGCGUGCCGAGGUGCGCGCGUCGUUCGAUCUUCCCGUGGCGGCGUUCAGCGACUCGGACUCGUCCACGGUCAUGGAUUACGAGCGGGGCUCACGUCGGAGAGUGUUGGAUCUUGACCUUAAUGUCCCUCCUCCGCCCGAGGUUGCCUGAACCGGAAAAAAGAUCCGGUUUUUUCGCAGCUCGGUUUUUCUCUCUCUAUCUGAGUGAGUGGCGAUUAUCAAUUUAUCGUAGUAGCUGACACGGUGCUAGAGUUUAUGUAAAUAUAUUAUAAAUAGAUUACAAUUAACCAAACCAAAAAGAAAAAGCAGGCUUAUGUUUUUUUUUCUCUAUUCUGCUUUUUUUUUUCCUUUUCGCAAAGGAAGAAGGAAUUUCUUACCUCACUGUUGCCCGGUGAUGUUAACUUUUUAUAUAUAUAAUGCCAUUUCUAUAUUAAUUAUAUGUAUUUUUUACUUUA